AAGUUGAUCGCCAUUCAUACAGUGCUUCUGCCCUGAAGGGAAAUAUGGUCGAGGCGCUGCCUCAUCGUCACCUUUGACCUAUGACGUCAACAACUCGAGUCAACGGGUGAUGGAGAAAGGCAAGAACGCACGACUCGUAUGGUAGCAAACCAGCUUCGUUUAUAUGAAGCACUAUACCCCUCGUACCUUUGUCGAGGCUCUCCCGGAAAAGAUAAUCUCUCCCGGAAAAGAUAAAUUAAGCUAGUUCUCCCAGUAUCGUCAAACCGUCAAACUCUCUCAAUACGACACUCUUGAAAACAACACCUAUACCAAGCAACACCCGCUUACACACGACCAAACGACUCGGUGCCCGACGAGCACGCGAUUGCCCGGCGAGUCAACACACACGAAUAGGCAUCAGAUUCACCGUAUCAGAUUUCCCUUUAACAACACCAACAAAAACGCCAAAGAUGACGCGCGGAGACGUCAACCACGUUAAGGUGCACUACCGGGGCGACAACACCGACGAGGACUUCCUCGUCUUCCUGGACAGCGUCGAGGACUAUAAGAAGUGGCAGACGGACAGGAGCGUGCCGCUGGCCCAGGUGGUGUCUUCGUUCAAGGUGUUUACCACGCAUCGGCACGGGGCUCAAGGUCUGCUUGGGGGUGCGUCCAAGGCGAUGCUCGAGAACGAGUUCGGCACCUCCAAAGAGGACGAGGCGGUGCUCAAGAUCCUGGAGAAGGGCAGCCUGCAGGAGUUUGAGAUGGCCGAGCGCCAAGGCCGCAGAAACGACUCGAACGGCGAGUUCGUCGGCAUGAUGGGAAAGCGUUAAACCUACCCCAGGCCAUGUCGUCUAGCCCCUUUCUUGGAGAUCGGAUGUCAGAAGAAGCCCAGAGCGAGGGAAUGGCUGCCUCGACGAGGGCACCAUCUCGACGGCGACAGGUUUGAUAUUCAGGUCAGGUAGUCGGUGCAAACGUGGAAACGGGAUUGAUACCG